GGCCGUGGCAGGCGAAGAGAGAGGAGGUAUCUACCCAAGAGAAAUGAAGACAUUUGUCUACACAAAGACUUGCAUGUUAAUGUUCUCGACAGUGUUCGUGAUAGCCCUGAAGUGGAAACAAUCCAAAUAUCUAUAAGGUGGUAAAUGGAUACACAAAAUGAUAUAACCAUACAAUGGAAUACUGUUCAGCAAUAUAAAGGAAUGCAGUACUGAUAUAUGCUACAAUGUGGUCGCACCUUGAAAACAUCAUGUUGAAUGAAAGAAGGCAGACAUAAAAGGCCACAUAUCGUAUGAUUCCAUCUAUAUGAAGUGUCCAGAAAAGACUGCCAAGGUCUCCAUUUAGGGCAGUGGGAAUCUUUGACUGUGGAACAUUGGACAUGAGCUUUGCCAUUGGCUGGUUGAGAAGGAGAAGGCAGAAUGUCUGCAUUGUUACACCACAGAGCUCAAACUUCAGAAGACUUUGAGUUAAGCAGUGUCAUUUACUAUGCACAUGAUUAUGUCUUCGUCUGUCCUAUAUGAUCAUCACAAACUAAUGAAACACCUUUUAGGUCUUAUGAAUUGAGGUUACACUUUUUCUGGAUGCUCUGGCAACUGAUAGAGGACCUGUGAAAAAUGGAACCAAACUCUCUAAGGACAAAAGUCCCAGCUUUCUUAUCUGAUUUGGGGAAGGCCACAUUGAGGGGAAUCAGGAAGUGUCCCCGCUGUGGCACAUACAAUGGAACCCGGGGACUGAGCUGUAAGAACAAGACAUGUGGAACCAUCUUCCGGUAUGGCGCGCGGAAGCAGCCUAGUGUUGAAGCUGUCAAAAUCAUAACAGGCUCUGAUCUGCAAGUCUACUCGGUGCGGCAAAGAGACCGGGGCCCUGAUUACCGAUGCUUUGUGGAGCUAGGUGUUUCAGAGACGACCAUCCAGACAGUGGAUGGGACGAUCAUCACUCAGCUGAGCUCUGGACGGUGUUAUGUCCCCGCAUGCUUGAAAGCUGCCACCCAGGGUGUUGUGGAAAACCAGUGCCAGCACAUCAAGCUGGCCGUGAACUGCCGGGCAGAGGCCACCCCUCUGACGCUAAAGAGCUCGGUCCUGAAUGCAGUGCAGGCCUCCCCAGAAACCAAGCAAACCAUCUGGCAGUUGGCCACGGAACCCACAGGUCCCCUUGUACAGAGGAUUACUAAAAACAUUUUGGUGGUGAAAUGCAAGGCAAGCCAGAAGCAUAGUUUGGGGUAUUUGCAUACAUCGUUUGUGCAGAAAAUCAGUGCCAAAAGCUUGCCUGAGCGCCGUUUCUUCUGCUCCUGCCAGACUCUGAAAUCACAGAAGUCGAAUGCCUCCAAGGAUGAGGCGGUCCAGAGAUGCAUUCAUUUCUUUGCUUGCAUCUGUGCCUUUGCCAGUGACGAGACACUGGCUCAGGAAUUCUCAGACUUCCUGAAUUUUGAUUCCAGCGGUCUAAAGGAGGUUAUUGUGCCCCAGCUAGGUUGCCAUUCAGAAUCAACAGUAUCAGCUUGUGAGUCUACUGCCUCUAAGCCAAAGAAGAGGAAAAAGGAGGAAGUAUCUGGUGCACAGACGAACAGUUCACUGCUGCCUCAAGAUGCAGUGAGCAGUAAUCUAAGGAAAAGUGGCCUGAAAAAGCCUGUGGUUGCUUCUUCAUUAAAAAGGCAGGGCUGUAGUCAGCUGUUAGAUGAGGCACAAGUGACCUUAUCCUUCCAAGACUGGCUGGCCAGUGUCACAGAACGCAUCCAUCAAACCAUGCACUAUCAGUUUGAUGGCAAACCAGAGCCACUGGUGUUCCACAUUCCUCAAUCCUUUUUUGAUGCCCUGCAACAGAGAAUAUCCAUAGGAAGUGCAAAAAAACGGCUUCCCAACUCUACCACAGCUUUUGUUCGCAAAGAUGCUUUGCCACUGGGAACCUUUUCCAAGUAUACCUGGCAUAUCACGAAUAUCCUGCAAGUUAAACAAAUCUUAGAUACCCCAGAGAUGCCUUUGGAAAUCACCCGGAGUUUUAUCCAGAACCGGGAUGGGACUUACGAGCUGUUUAAAUGCCCUAAAGUAGAAGUAGAGAGCAUAGCAGAAACCUAUGGUCGUAUAGAAAAGCAACCAGUGCUGCGACCCUUGGAACUAAAAACUUUUCUCAAAGUUGGCAACACUUCCCCAGAUCAAAAGGAGCCAACACCUUUCAUCAUUGAGUGGAUCCCAGAUAUUCUUCCCCAAUCCAAGAUUGGCGAGCUGCGGAUCAAGUUUGAGUAUGGUCACCACCGCAAUGGGCAUGUGGCGGAGUACCAAGAACAGCGGCCCCCCCUGGACCAGCCCUUGGAACUGGCCCCUCUGACCACCAUCACUUUCCCUUGAGGCAAAACAAAAGAGUCUUUCACUGCUAAAUUUGCACAUCCCCACCCUUUGACAACUUUAAAUACUAGU